GGGUUGUUGCCAAUGCUAACGUUGGCGAUGUAAACAGAGUGGAGCAGCUCCAACUGCCAACCAACUCUCCUUCGACUUCUCCGCUUUCUUUCUUUCCUUCUUUCUAUUUCCUUCUUUUCAUUCACUCUUUCACAUUCACUCCCUUUCUUCCUUCCUUCCGUCAUUCCCUUCAAACCCUUCCAUUCUCCUCACCAUGGCUUCGCCCUUUCUCCCCGCCAAAACCAAUUCCGCCACCCUCUCCUUCUCCGCCGCAGUCCCCGGCCGCCGCCUCCACUUCGCGGCGUCUCCGUCGCAUUCCCCUCGACGGAGGUCCUCCCUGACGGUGAAGUCGAAGAUCAGGGAGAUCUUCAUGCCCGCCCUCAGCUCCACCAUGACGGAGGGAAAAAUCGUCUCGUGGGUCAAGUCCGAGGGCGACGUCCUCUCCAAAGGUGACAGCGUCGUCGUCGUCGAGUCCGACAAGGCCGACAUGGACGUCGAGACGUUCUACAAUGGCAUCCUCGCCGUCAUCGUUGUCGCCGAGGGCCAGACCGCCCCCGUCGGUGCCCCCAUCGGCCUCCUUGCGGAGACCGAGGCCGAAGUUGCCGAGGCCAUGGCAGCCGCCAAUUCUGCUCCAACUCCACCUCCCAAAGCUUCCGAUACUUCUCCGGCGCCGGCACCGGCGCCGGAAGUCUCUGAUUCACCACGUAAGGCGGUUGCAACACCGUAUGCCAAGAAGCUCGCGAAGCAGCACAAAGUGAACAUAGGUUCGGUUGUCGGGACUGGUCCGUUUGGAAGAGUCACUCCUGCUGACGUGGAGAAGGCCGCCGGUAUUUUGCCGGCGGAGAGCAAUGUAGCUCCGGCGGCGGUGGAUUCGGCUCCACCGAAAGCUGCUGCUGCGGCUCCGGCGGCAUCCUCGGCUUCAAUUCCAGGUUCUAGUGUUGUGGCCUUUACGACAAUGCAAUCUGCGGUUGCGAAGAACAUGGUGGAGAGUCUCUCUGUGCCGACGUUCCGUGUUGGGUACCCAGUUACCACUGAUGCACUUGAUGCUCUGUAUGAGAAGGUGAGAAAAAAGGGUGUGACCAUGACAGCGAUUCUGGCCAAGGCAGCUGCAAUGGCACUCGUUCAGCACCCAGUGGUGAAUGCCUCGUGCAAAGAUGGGAAGAACUUUGCCUAUAAUAGUAACAUUAACAUUGCUGUUGCUGUGGCAACCAAUGGUGGUUUGAUUACACCGGUUCUUCAGGAUGCAGAUAAGUUGGACUUGUAUCUUUUGUCCCAAAAAUGGAAAGAACUAGUGGAAAAAGCUCGUGCCAAGCAAUUGCAACCUCAUGAAUAUAAUUCAGGAACUUUCACACUUUCAAAUUUGGGAAUGUUUGGAGUUGACAGGUUUGACGCCAUACUUCCUCCAGGCCAGGGGGCUAUCAUGGCGGUUGGAGCAUCAAAACCUACUGUCCUAGCAGAUAAGGAUGGUUUCUUUACUGUAAAAAGUAAAAUGCUGGUAAAUGUAACUGCUGAUCACCGAAUAAUCUAUGGGGCUGACUUGGCUGCAUUCCUUCAGACAUUCUCAAAAAUCAUUGAGAACCCUGAAUGCCUAACAUUGUAGUCAUUCAACACUUUGACAUAAUUAUCUAUCUUCGAUCAUCCACAAGGGAUUACGAGUUGAUAGCUUUCACUGAGCAGACUCUAGCGAAAUAUACCUCAUUAUGUGAUUAUCUUGUAAUUUCACAGUUUUAUUGUUAUAUAUUUCCAGGGUCUUUCUGAAGGAACAUUUUCUUGAUUUUCAAUGGGAGGAACAACUUUGAUUUUUUUUCCCGCUGAAGGAAAUUGUAAACCAAUAUCUAUGGCAAGAAACAAGGAGAGUGAAUUAUGCUUAUGACUUACCAAUAAAAAAACCUAGUAUUCUUUUCAUAUCAUAA